AGUCCGUAGCCAUUUUGGCUCGAGCCACUGCCAUCUAAAGGCCCUCCCUCCCGCUCUGUCUGUAUUCUUCCCAACACGCAGGUGACCCCCGACCUUCUGUGACCAUGGCCACUACUGCGGAGCUCAUGCGGAUAUGUGCCCCGUUGUACCCGUCCAUCGCCCUAGAGAGCGCGGCGAACUUCGGGCUGUUUCUAUUCUUCUCGUAUCUGUCCAUCCUGAUCUCCACGAAGCAGCAGGUGAAGACGCCCGCGAGGGCGAUUUGUCGGAUGCUAUGGAGCAGCCUGAAGGAGUGGGCGGAGGACACUUGGAGGGUCUUGCGCAGGUGGCCUCACAUGCACGAGAUGGAGCUCGGUCAACGCUUCCGCUAUUGCCGGAGGCUCAACGCGACCAUUUGUCGACUGUCGGCCGGCAUUGCGCUCAUUACGAUCACCCGCUGGUUCCACAUCAACAACGUGAACGGCUUCCGCUACCUCGGGUAUGCCCUCACCUGCCCCCUGAUGCAGGCCGAGCUCGUGCUGCUCAUCGCGCCGCACAUCCCGUGCUACAGGCUUCUGGCGGUCUUCUCGUGCCUCAUCACUUUCGGCAUGCUACUCACCGGCUACGUUGCGUCUCAGUUCGAGGGGCCGAUGUGGAAGAACGAUUUCGAAACCUUCUAUGACGAAGCCCUGGAAGGUAACCUGGACAGUCUGACCACAAAGGGGUGGUGGCUGAUGCCAAGCACGGUGAUUUUGUGCUUCCUCUCUUUUGUGCAGAUCCCAAUUCUUGGCCUUGUGUACUAUUGCAGCGGCGGCUCGAAGAAUGAAGACCUGCCGAAAGGCUACCCUAAGCUCCUGAUGAUCACGUCUCUCUCUUGGUUGGGCUUCCCCGUCUGGUGGUACUUGUCGUACGAGGGGGCAAGCAUUAUCACGGAGUCUAGGUGGAAUGCUGUAGGGUUUGUGUGCCUGAACAUGACCAGCAAGGGCGGUUUCACUUUGCAGAUGCUCAGCAUGGUGAAGGCGUGGAAGCGCCAGCAGGCCCAGAAGCCAAAGCCUCCAGCCCCCCCGGUGUCUGCCGACGCGGUGCCGAAGCUCGAGCUGCCCAUGGGCGCGGUACCGAAGGGCCGAAGGGGCAGCAACGCGACGCUGCCCGACCUGGACACCCCUGCGGUGCGGGAGACCCGCGUGGUGCGAAACGCCAAGAGGAACCAAACGGGACAGUCGCUGCAGUGGUUCGUCGACGCCAUGAAGAAGUGGGAGCCCGAGGAUGCGAACCCCGCGACCUCGACCGCGCAGGAGGCGGACAGGGGCCCACAGGGCGAGAUCGAGACGGUGGUGGUCACGGACCCGCGCCAGCUGGACGACGAGCAGCUCGUGCGGGAGCUGGGGAAGCGCCUGGCCGCGCACGGCGCGUGCGGCAAGGGGACGCCGAGGACGUCGCUGAACGCCUCCAUCCGCAAGGCGUGCACCAAAAUCCUCGAGGCCGACGAGAGCGAUGACGACGAGUGAGCGACGCGGCAGGGGUGGCCCUCCCCUGGAGUCGAGUGGCAAAAACCUGCACAAUCAUAAUUUUUCUGAUUUACACCGUAGAAUCAUAAGUCAGGAGAAUCGAGUAUCGAACAUUCUUGAAACUGGUUAUUUUUAAGGUCCCUGCGUCGCGUACGUGGCCCGUGCCGCCAGCGUGAUGGCAUCGGUAAAGCCGUGCCGUCGGCCGAGCAGUCACCGUGCUCACGGCCCCAGACCUCCUAUUGAUGGACGAAGGUCAAGGGCCUUGCAUUGAGACAUCAGGACAUGGGAGGUCUGGGAAAGUAGUCACCGCCCAUGCUUCUUCAUUUAUCCCGCGCGUCGCCCUGUGAGAAUCUCCAGGCCGCGCUUCUGGCGCGUUCAAGAGGCUCGGGGGCCAUCUGGUCGUGCGCCGAAAUUGGCAGCGGCGGUCUCCUCGCCCUCAAGCGGCCACGGGGCCUUCACGAGGCCCCCCCGUGGUCUUGAUCGUUAGAGCAGACUUCCCGUGUUGCUCUUGUGGUCCUUUUUUGCCCGCUGUGUGCUGGCUUGUAGCCUUCGGUCGCUCGAAUGUGAUGCCACGUCCCCGGCGGUGGCCCCCUGUGGAGCCCUCUCGCGGACCCGAUCCGAUCGGAUCUUUCUCCGUUUCUUCCGGCAUCUCGCUCCUCGUAGUCUGUUCCCUUUCCUCGUCUUCUCUCCCUCCCGCUCCUGCUCUCUUCCACUGUGCUCGGUCCCCACGGGAACAGCUGUGUAGGUAUCCGUUUCUUCUGGCAUGCUGGCGUCCUCCACCGCCUUCAGGAAUCAUGCAUUCGGUGGAGAGGAGCUGAUGAGCUCAACAAAAAAAGAAUAGCAAAACAAAAUCGUCUGGGGACGAUUCUCCGACGACCUUUGCC